UAAUUUCUUGCCCUUAGCAAUUCCUUAGCUUUGAUCGGUUACCAUACUUGCUUGCUUUCCACUAGUUUCUCUCUCUCUCUCUCUCUCUCUCGGCCAACUUUUCUAGAGAGUUGAAUUCUUCCAUCUGUUCUCUUGUUGUUCAAAGCCUUGAUUCGGUCGUAUCACUACCCAAAACAAGAUCCAAAUCCAGUUUUCUACUGCUUUGUUUAUAAUCUUUUUUUCUUUCUUUUCGUGAGCUCAAAAACUUGAAAACCAUGGCUAAUCUAUGGUGGGCGGGGCAAGUAGGGCUACAGGGAAUGGAAACAUCAGCUACUUCAUCAUCUCCAAUGAAGAAACCAGAUCUGGGUAUAUCCAUGGCAAACAAUGGAGAAACAGGCAGUGGAGGAACCGGAGAAGAAGAAGAAGACAAAGAGCAUAGCGAUGAACCCAGAGAAGGUGCCGUAGAAGUCUCCACUCGUCGUCCCCGAGGUCGACCAGCAGGCUCCAAAAACAAGCCCAAACCACCUAUCUUUGUCACCAGGGAUAGCCCUAAUGCACUGAGGAGUCACGUUAUGGAAAUAGCUAAUGGUUCUGAUGUAGCUGAAACCCUAGCUCAGUUUGCUAGGAGGAGACAAAGAGGAGUUUCAGUUCUUAGUGGGAGUGGAACCGUCACUAACGUUACACUCAGACAACCUUCAGCUCCUGGUGCAGUGAUGGCUCUUCAUGGUAGGUUCGAGAUUUUGUCUUUAACUGGUGCGUUUCUGCCUGGACCAGCUCCUCCAGGGUCAACCGGGUUAACUAUAUACCUAGCCGGUGGUCAAGGACAGGUUGUUGGAGGUAGUGUAGUAGGGUCACUGAUGGCAUCAGGGCCUGUCAUGGUUAUAGCAGCAACGUUUUCUAACGCUACAUAUGAGAGGCUGCCUUUGGAGGAGGAAGAAGAAGGAGCUGGUGGAGCUCAAGGUCAGCUUGGUGGUGGUGGUGGUGGAAGCGGUGGAUCCCCACCAGGGAUUGGCAGUGGAAGUGGAAGUGGAGGACAUCAACAAGGCGGAAUAGGUGGCGGUGGUGGUGAUGCUCCAGGGUUGCAAGUUUAUAAUAAUUUGCCACCAAAUUUGGUUCCUAACGGUGGACAGUUGAGCCAUGAGGCUUAUGGUUGGGCACAUGGUGGAAGGCCACCAUAUCAGUAAACAUAAGAGAAAGUAGAAUAGAAAAAGAAAAAACAUUGCUUGUGAGAGAUUUAGAUAUAUGCUUUCACUUUCAUUACUUUGCAUAAUAAGAUGAUGUUUAGUUUCUUACGAA